AAAAUCUUCAAUCUUUUUCACCUUUUUCACUGCAUUUUCGAAGUGAAACUGAAUCACAGCCGUUGAAUUUCGGAGCUCCUCUCCGACCAAGUCUUCACAUUUAUAAUCACCACUAAGAGUUUCUCUCUCUAACAGACAUACAUUGUAUUCCUCUGUAGUACUCCAGAAAGAUUCGAUUUUAAUAUUGGGUUGGAGAUAUUUUGAUAAUCUGUUCACAGGAACCGUAGUUUUUGCACAUUAAGGAGGUGGGUUCUUGUUUUUUUUUUUCCCCGAUUUUUUUGGUCUGGUUGGUGAGAGAUGAAUGCGGUGGGGAGGCAGAGAUCCGGGGCGCCGCCGGCGCACCACCAGCGGCAGUACUCCGAUAAUUUUCUCGAGAGUUCUUCGAACGGCCGAUGGCUGCAAUCAGCUGGCCUGCAGCACCUACAGUCAUCCAACAAUGCGGUUCCUCCAGUUCAGGAUUUUGGGUACUACAAUGGAGGUGGUCAGGGUCCGAGAAUGUAUAGGAGUGUGCAGGCGCAGAGAACUUAUAGUAGCGGCAGCGAUUUGUUUGCGGAGCCUUUAACGCCGCCGGGGAAUCCGCGGAGGAAGAACGGGGAAGAGCAAGUUUCUCCAAAUGAGUGUAGCCCGGGGUUGUUGGAUCUGCAUUCUUUUGAUACUGAGCUACUUCCUGAGAUGUCCGUCCCUGGUCUGUAUGAUGGCCCUCCAAUGAAUCAUCUUAUACGAGGAAGAAGCUUUGGUGACUCUGACCCAUAUUUUGGAAACAAUAAACAAACUGGUAAAGCUCGUGGCUUGCCUGAGAGCAAUGUUCUGAAAAGCAUUGCAGCAGACAAUGUCAAGGCCAGCAAUGUUGCGAAAAUCAAAGUAGUGGUGAGGAAAAGACCACUAAACAAAAAGGAACUGGCAAAGAACGAUGAAGAUAUCAUAGAAACCUAUUCAAAUUCUCUCGUUGUACAUGAGACAAAACUUAAGGUUGACCUGACAGAAUAUGUGGAGAAACAUGAAUUUGUAUUUGAUGCAGUGCUGAAUGAGGAAGUUUCAAAUGAUGAGGUUUAUCGUGAAACUGUGGAGCCUAUUGUUCCGAUAAUUUUCCAACGCACAAAAGCUACUUGCUUUGCUUAUGGCCAAACAGGAAGUGGCAAAACUUACACUAUGAAACCACUGCCCCUCAAAGCUGUGAGAGAUAUCUUGAGGCUCAUGCACCACACUUACAGGAACCAAGGCUUUCAGUUGUUCGUCAGCUUCUUCGAGAUAUAUGGAGGAAAACUCUUUGACUUGCUCAGUGAUAGGAAAAAACUUUGUAUGAGAGAGGACGGCAAACAGCAGGUUUGCAUUGUGGGCUUGCAAGAGUAUCGAGUAGUAGAUGUGGAGACGAUUAAGGAACUCAUUGAAAGAGGAAAUGCAACAAGAAGUACAGGCACCACAGGGGCGAACGAGGAGUCAUCUCGAUCACAUGCCAUUCUUCAGCUUACUAUUAAGAGGUCAGCUGACGGCAGUGAAUCUAAACCCCCACGGGUUGUUGGGAAGCUUUCCUUUAUAGACCUUGCUGGAAGUGAACGUGGUGCAGAUACUACAGACAACGAUAAGCAAACAAGAAUGGAAGGAGCUGAGAUCAAUAAAAGUUUGCUUGCAUUGAAGGAAUGCAUUAGAGCGCUUGAUAACGACCAAGGGCACAUUCCAUUUAGAGGCAGUAAAUUAACUGAAGUCUUGAGGGAUUCGUUUGUUGGAAAUUCUCGAACUGUUAUGAUAUCAUGUAUUUCACCAAACUCAGGAUCCUGUGAACACACCUUGAACACCUUAAGAUAUGCUGACAGGGUGAAGAGCCUUUCAAAAGGCAACAACUCCAAGAAAGACGUCUUAUCUUCAACCACAAAUCUGAAGGAGUCAACAACACAACCCUUGUCUUCAGUCGUUCCCCCUGCAUCGACUUUUGAAGACGACACGGGUGAUUCAUGGCCUGAACAAACGGAUAGGGAAGAAUACGAUGAGGAUUUCUACGAGCAAGAGAAGCCGUCAUGGAAGAAGAACUCAAAAAUUGACUCAUACAACUUUUCGAACUCGGAUGACAAAGUGAAGAGAACCAAUGGUCAGACAAAGUGGAAGGAUCCUCCCAAAUCAGAAAUGAAGUACUCAAAUUCAGACGAAGAUUUGAAUGCUUUACUGAAGGAAGAAGAAGAGCUUGUCAAUGCUCACAGGAAACAAGUGGAGGAGACAAUGGAUAUUGUUCGAGAGGAGAUGAAUCUAUUGGUUGAGGCAGAUCGACCUGGUAAUCAGCUAGAUGAUUACAUCUCCAGACUGAACUCAAUCCUGUCCCAGAAAGCUGCUGGUAUCUUACAACUGCAAAAUCGUUUGGCUCAUUUUCAGAAACGCUUGAAGGAGCACAAUGUCCUCGUUUCUUCCGGCUAUUAACUGCAAGUCAUCACAUGAUAUUACACAAAGACGCAGAUGACACAGCCUGUUUGCUACAUUGGCUCCACAGUCGAUUAUGUGUUUGCUUGAGGCAGCUUUUGUGAGUGAACAUGAAAACAUACUGAAGGAGGUUUUGGCACCGACUUUUUCAUGGGUCGUUAUCCGGUUACUUGCAAGAGUCAUCCGAGGAUCCUUGCACGCCCUUCGGCCCAAUUCGAGCCGCUUAUAUUGAUUCUACAAUGCUGUCGCUCAUUUGUUAGCAGAACACAGUACAGAGCUCUACCUUUGUAACUUUCACAAUUUGAUUGACAUACAAGGCAUUGCUUAUGUCGAAGGUUUCAGCUUGUUUACUUGUGGAAACCCUGUUUCAUGAUGUAAUAUAUGAUUUCAGCUCUGUUUUUA